UUCAUCUUCUUCCCCACUCUCUCUCUCUCUCUACCAGAGUUGCAGGUAUUUUUUUUUAUCAAAAAUGGAGCUUGGUCUAACCCUAGGAGAUUCAUCGAUUCCUCCCUGUUUAUUCACAGAAAACCGAAAUUCCAACCUACCCACCACCGGAAAUCAUGGAGUUGGACUCUGCAUGGCCUUAGGAAUCAACUCUGAAAAGGAUAAAUUACUCUCUCUCCAGUUGAAUCUCCUUCCUCCUCACUCCCCUGUUCAUGGGCACUCCGAAAAUGGGAGUUCUGAUGGAGGUUGUUCAUCAGGUGGUGGGAUGAAUCUUAACAUGAACAGGAGAGAGGAUGAAACAGAAGAUGGGUUUGUCGGAAUUUCUUCUCCAAACAGUGCAGCUUCAUCUUUUCAAAUGGAUUUCGGUAUUUUCAGAAGUGGUUUUCCCUCCGGCGGCGCUAGGGAAGCGUCUGAAGAAGAAGAGAAUGAAAACGCACUUGCGAGGAAGAAACUUAGACUGUCUAAAGAACAAUCUGCUUUUCUAGAAGAAAGCUUCAAAGAACAUAACACCUUGAAUCCAAAACAAAAACUUGCCCUAGCUAAACAGCUUCAACUUCGUCCUCGUCAAGUCGAGGUCUGGUUCCAGAACAGAAGAGCCAGGACAAAGCUGAAGCAAACAGAAGUAGAUUGUGAGUAUUUAAAGAGAUGUUGUGAAACCCUAACAGAAGAAAACAGAAGACUUCAUAAAGAGCUUCAAGAACUAAGAGCAUUAAAGAGUUCAAAUUCAAACCCAUUUCUAAUGCAACUUCCGGCCACAACCCUAACCAUGUGUCCUUCGUGUGAACGCGUGGCAAGCACCUCCGGCGCCGGCGCCGGCACCGAGAAAGGUGGGGGUGUGAUUAAACCGGUUACAAGACCAAUGUUCUUCCCAUUUAGUUCCCGGUCCACAUCUCAACAAGGGAAAUCAUCUUCUUUGGCAUCUUGAUGAGAAUGGUCUUUGUAAAUAUUAAGAUGAAUUUGGGAUUUUAAUUGUUUUGUUUCUAUGA